AUGUCGGCAACAUACAAGCUCAAGUAUUGGCCCACAAUUCCAGGACGCGGAGAAUACGUCCGUCUGGCAUUCAGAGCAGCCAAUGUUGCCUUUUCGGACGAUGACGACGUGUCGGAGCUGAAGUCCUUCAUCACACCUCGGGCGGGUCAUUUCGCACCUCCUGUGCUAGAAAUGGAAGAGAAUGGCAAAAGUUUCAGUCUGAGUCAGACGCCGGCCAUUUUGGCCUAUCUGGCUCCAAGAUUGGGCUUGGCUGGCGAUGGGUCAGAAGAGGAUAGGGCAGCCGUCAACGCAAUCACUCUGACCAUCCUCGACCUGAGCAACGAGACUCACGACACCCACCACCCAAUCGCCACAUCACUCUAUUACGAGGAUCAAAAGUCAGAGGCGAAGAGCAGAGCGCAUGACUUUCGCCAAAAUCGUGUGCCCAAAUUUUUUGGUCACUUUGCAAAAUUGGUCAGCGAGAACCCAACAAAGUCUGGCUUUUUGCACGGAGAUAAGGUAACCACGGCAGACUUGACGCUAUUCCAGCUCGUUGAGGGCUUGACUUACGCUUUCCCCAAGUACAUCAAGUCACUUACUGCCAGCUCAAAGACAGCGUCCCAAGUAGCGCCAGUCUUUGCACUGAGAGACAAAGUUGCUCAGCACCCAGCAUUGGUCAAGUAUUUGAAUAGCAAAGACCGCAGAGGGUUCAACGAGUACGGGCUGUUCCGUCAUUAUGCCGAAUUGGACGGUGAAUACGAGGAGUGA